ACGAUCCAUUUGCUGAUCGUUACACGAUAACUUUGGAUGAUGACAAAGACGCAAAGCCCUUCCAACCAUACGAAGUGCAAGUACAAGCCGUUAAUGAUGAGGGUACAGCAAACGUUGUUCCUGAAACCGUGGAAGGUUAUACCGGAGAAGGUGUUCCCAGCAGUAUCCCUACCGGCUUCCGAGUUGUCAGCAAAGACGGCACCACAGCAACAUUCGCAUGGAAUCCUGUGGAUCCAAAGACUGCGAAUGGAAACUUCACUGGAUAUAAGAUUACCUACUGGCAUGAUGAAGUCGAAGGUGAAGAAGAGGAAGAAGAGGAGCAGACCAAUGAGGUUGAGGCAAGGUUCCGAUUUAAAAGAUCACUCAGAAACAAACGAGCUGUUGAAAGCAGAAGAAAAACGGUUGUGUUUGGCCCGAAAGCCACCACUGGAACUAUCACAGAUUUAAAGCCAGAUACACAGAAUUAUGCGACGAUACAGGUGAUAAAUGGUGCUCAUGAAGGAGAACCGAGCGAAGUCAUCCAAUUCCAUACGGCUGAAGGCG